GCGCCUGAAAUAUUGUGUCGAAGCACUGAGCGACAAAUGAAUCAGCGGAGGUUGAUAAAGUCGGAGUAGGUGCAGUUACGAUCGCUUGCCUUGCUUUGAACUGUUCAACGUUUUCGCCUGUGAAAGUGAAUUAAGCUUUAUUUAACGCAGUACAAUAUACGCGCGAAAAACAUUAGCAUUUGAAAUUAUUGCGUGAAUACGUGCAAAUUGUAUUCACUAUUCGAUGCUUCUGAAUUAUCUGGAAUAGUGGAUAAAACAACGCGGUGUCUAUUUGCUUGCUGUUUUCUUAUUAUAAGCGACACCGACUUUCCGAACUCCACGGUCAUGCCUCGUGGCGGCGGCGGUGGUGGUGGAGGUGGGCGUUCCCGGGGAUACGGCGCUCGUGGAAACGGCUCAUUUAUGACGGCCUAUUUAAAACUGCGAGCCGUCAACAAGGAACGGGUUGCCACUCGUCAGGAACGAGCCAAGAAAUCUACCACCUCCGAAACUAACGACGACUUCCAUCCACGUUCUGCACCGUCGCAGCAGAAUCAGCCGCGCACGGGCCAAGCAGCCAAAGCAGACGGCUGUCAGCGGGAAAUGCAGCAAUUUGCCGAAUGUCUGCAAAAGUACAAACUCGGCACCGACCAGUGUACAGCGCUCAGCCAGCUUCUCCAGCAAUGCCGUAUCCGCAAUGGCAUCAGAGCCUAACUAGAGCAACUGCAGUAAAGGUUCCGGGCACGGAAAUUUCUCAUGUUGUACUAAACCCUUAAUUAAGGUCUUGCAUGAGACGGAUUGCGGUCGAAGGCGUAAUUGCCUUUGUCGCGAAUAAAAUAA